AGCCCUCUGGUUAAGCGAGUCCAGACCUUUUUGUCGCGCAGGCGUUAGGCCCCUUAAAAACUACAUAGGCCAGCAUGCAACAGGGUCAACUUUCUCAUGGGCACUACAUUUCCCAGAAGUCACUCUGCACCGCAGUGUUUUCUGGGGUGGGAGCCACGCUGUAUAGCAGCCUCGGUGAGACGAGUGAAGCGCGGAGCUUUCGACAAGAUCUUUAUUAAUUUUUACGCUGGGUACUUGGCAGGGGAUGGAAGUGGCGGCUAAUUGCUCUCUGCGGGUGAAGAGACCUUUGUUGGAUCCCCGCUUCGAGGGUUACAAGCUCUCCCUCGAACCGUUGCCUUGUUACCAGCUGGAACUCGACGCAGCUGUGGCAGAAGUAAAACUUCGAGAUGAUCAGUAUACACUGGAACACAUGCAUGCUUUUGGGAUGUAUAAUUACCUACACUGUGAUUCCUGGCACCAAGACAGCGUCUACUACAUUGAUAACCUUGGAAGAAUUAUGAAUUUAAAAGUGAUGCUGGACACUGCCUUAGGAAAACCACGGGAGGUGUUUCGACUUCCUGCAGAUUUGACUGUGUACGACAGUCGCCUUUGUGCAUCUAUUCAUUUUACGUCUUCUACCUGGGUCACCUUAUCAGAUGGGACUGGAAGAUUGUAUCUCAUUGCAACAGAUGAACGUGGAAAUAACACUUCUGAAAAAUGGGAGAUCAUGUUUAAUGAAGAACUUGGGAGUCCUUUUAUCAUAAUUCACAGUAUCUCAUUGCUAAAAGAUGAAGAACAUUCAAUAGCUACCCUUCUUCUUCGAAUAGAAAAGGAGGAAUUGGAUAUGAAAGGAAGUGGUUUCUAUGUUUCUUUGGAAUGGGUCACUAUCAGUAGGAAAAAUAAAGAUAAUAAAAAAUAUGAAAUAAUUAAGCGUGACGUUCUCCGUGGAAAGUCAGUGCCACAUUAUGCUGCUCUUGAGCCCAGUGGAAAUGGUCUAAUGAUUGUUUCUUACAAGUCCUUCCAGUUUGUUCAAACUGGUCAGGAUCUUGAAGAAAAUAAGGAUGAAAACAUGUCAGAAAAAAUCAAAGUAGAACCUCUGUAUUACUGGCAACAGACUGAAGAUGAUUUGACAGUAACAACCCAGCUUCCAGAAGGCACUUCCAAGGAGGACAUUCAAGUCCAGUUUUUGCCUGAUCACAUGAGCAUUGUGCUGAAGGGUCAGCUGUUUUUGGAAGGAAAGCUCUAUUCAUCUAUUGAUCGUGAAAGUAGUACAUAUAUAAUUAAAGAAAAUAACGGCUUGGAAAUUUCUUUGAUUAAGAAGAAUGAAGGCCAGACAUGGCCAGAGCUAAUAGUUGGAGAUAAACAAGGGGAAUUCAUAAGGGACUCAGCCCAGUGUGCUGCAAUAGCUGAACGUUUAAUGCAUUUGACCUCUGAAGAACUGAAUCCAAAUCCAGAUAAAGAAAAGCCUCCCUGUAACGCUCAAGAGCUAGAAGAAUGUGAUAUUUUCUUUGAAGAGAGUUCCAGUUUAUGCCGAUUUGAUGGCAAUACAUUAAAAACUACUCAUGUGGUGAACCUUGGAAGUAAUGAGUACCUUUUCUCCGUUGUAGUGGAUCCUAAAGAAAUGCCCUGCUUCUGUUUGCGCCAUGAUGUUGAUGCCCUUCUCUGGCAGCCGCACUCUAGCAAACAAGAUGACAUGUGGGAGCACAUUGCAACUUUCAAUGCUUUAGGCUACGUCCAAGCAUCAAAGAGAGACAAGAAGUUUUUUGCCUGUGCUCCAAAUUACUCCUAUUCGGCACUCUGCGAGUGCCUUCGUCGAGUAUUCAUCUAUCGUCAGCCCACUCCCAUGUCCACUGUACUUUACAACAGAAAGGAAGGCAGGCAAGUAGGGCAGGUUGCUAAGCAGCAAGUAGCAAGCCUGGAGACCAGCGAUCCUAUUUUAGGCUUUCAAGCAACGAACGAGAGAUUAUUUGUUCUCACUACCAAAAACCUCUUUUUAAUAAAGAUAAAUACAGAGAAUUAGUUACUCCAACAUGUUAGCUUCUCUGUACUGAAAAAGUAUUCAGUGGUAGCUAGAAGGCUGGGCAGUAAUACUGUAAUCUGUUAAACUUUGAUGUAUUAAAUAAAAAUAUCCCGUAUAAUCUUUUUAUUUUUUUAAAGCACAUUGGAAAUCUGUUCAAGGGAUUCUGAUUCUGUAAAAGCUGCACUAGGCUGUGGAAUGAAGAUGCAGAUUUAGAGAAAAUUUGCUUCCGUAAAAAUGUAAAGAUAAUAUUAACGAGUAUAAUUAUUUUUAAAAAAACAGAGGCUAAAAUCUCAUCUUUUAUAUGAAAGAUAUAUUCAUUGUUUUAAAAAAUAAAAAUAUUUAUUGUUUAUUCCUUCUGUAUUGGUAUAGGGCUGCAUUCUAUACCCAUGGACUGUAUAGGAUUACAGUUAAAAUAAAGCUAAUUAAAAGACUUGAAUAUUUCAAGUCAAGAAAAAAAAAAUACCGUACCUAUUAAUCAUUGUAACUUUGUUCACUUUAUUUUCUGUAUGAAAUAAUUUCUUUGGAUAUGGUGCAUCAGUAUCUUUACUGUUACAUGUUUUUAAAAAUCUUAUAAAUAUUUACUUAAAUGGAUUGAAUGGCUGAGGUAGAGGGGAAACUACAAGAGGCGUACAGCAGGUCUAAUAGCCUUAAAGUUUGCUGAGAAACCUUAAUUGUUUCUCAGAUUAACUGUUGCUUUACUUAAUUUUUAUCCAUUUGCUCCGCCAAAGACAGAGAGGGGGAGAGAGCAAUAACUAAGGUUUCAUAAAGUGUUGCUGUUUAUUGCUGCAAAACUCAGUGGUUUGAAACAACGGCAUUUUAUUAUUUCUCACAAUUUAAUGGAUUGGCUGGCCAGUUCUGGGUUGAAUGACAGCUUGUCUCUGCUCUACAUGACCUCACAUCCUCCAAUAGGCUAGACUGGGCUUCUUACCAAGAUAGAGGAAAUACUCCAAGAGGGCAAGCCCUAGUGUGCAAGAGCUUUACAAGCCUCUGUUUCCACCAUAUUUGCUAAUGUCCCAUUGGACAAAGCAAUCACAUGGCCAAGCCAUUGAGGAAGGGGACUGUGUUAAUAGGAGGUCUGAUUCAUUGAGGAACAUUAGUAUGGCAGGAUACCACACAAAGGAUUAUGGUUCAUCUUUACAGUUUGAACAAAAUAAUCCUGUAAAUUAAGUAAAUGAUACAUUAAGUAUUUUUUGUGCCGAAUGUUAGCUUCUCAUAUUACCUCCCCAGAUUUCUUUUGGGUUGCGUUUACCUGGAAAAUGCUUUACUUUUUAUGUCAUUUUUAGUCAGUAUAAACCUUAAGUUGGAUUUUGUGUUUGAAUAAGAUAGUUAAGACCUUAAUUUAAGAGGCAGAAAAUGUAGAAAAGAGAUACAGGUUAGAGACUGUUUAUUCCCAGCAUAUCUCUCUCACCUCUCAGGGCAAGUAUUUGACUGAAUUAAAUUUAGGAAAAGAAGGAAAAAUAAAUUUGAGAGUCAGAAGAAGAGGAAAAAGAUGGGGGAUAUCUGCAUGUUCCAAACCCUUUGUCAGAAUGCAACUAGAAGUAACUAGGAUGCAAGAGGAAAAGGUGGGAAAGAUGAUCCUGAGAUAUGAUAGUGACAACUGGAAGUACUGCAUUACUACUAGGAAGGAGAUAGACUUAAAUAUUGAGCAUCAUGAGGUCACGAGUAUAGAAAAAAAGAUAUUUGGUUGAACCAAAAAACAGUGAUAUUUCCAGAACUUUUUAGUGUCAUUGUAAAAGAAGCAUCAUGAAAAAGAAGAACAUUUACCCAGCCAACUAGUGAAAAUCUUUUUUGUGUGAAAGCAGAUUUAAAUUUUCUUAAAAAGUUUUCCCAAAGAUUGUAAAUACCCCCUUAGGGAAAUGCAAAUUAAUGUGGUGCUUAAUUAACUAUGUUACUACAUAUAUAUAUGCACAUUUUCAGACAGUAUCAGUUUUCUUUAUAUAUGGUGACUCUUAAUAUGAUUAAUGUUGAACUGAAAACUCUCAGGAGAAUUAGUCUUAAAUAUUGUUUCAUAUUGACCUAUGGUAAGAAAGUCCUAACGAGUCUUGAGCAAUCAUUUUAAGCUGUGCUUUCUUGAGAUGCUUCCAGAAUUCCACAGAUGUUUAAUUCAGUUUAAACAAUGUUCUAAACUAUUGUUAAAGAAUAAGCACACAUUUAGUAUACUUCUGUAAGAGCUAUGAGUGUAGUUACUUGUAUUUUCGUUGAUUUUUGCAAUGAGUUAUAAAGAGGAACUUAUAAAAUAUUUGAUAGUAAUGAAGUGUUAUAUGUCCUGCAUAUUAAAAUUUAUUUAACAAUAUUCUUUCAGCAUGUUUAUUAAGCAUCAGUUCCUGUUGACCAAACAAAACCCAUUGCCAUCGAGUUGAUUCCAACUCAUAGUGACCCUAUAGCAUGAGUUAUAUACCGUAAUAUAAUGUUUUCCAUGCUAAGGAUUAUGCAGUUGAGACAGAUAGGGUUAACUGCUGGCAAAACAAAAGAGCUGUUAAAAGAUUACCAUCUAGAAGUUGGGAAAACAAGAACCACACCCUGUCAACAUAAGUUUUAAACAACCUAUGAAUUAUUACUUCCUUCUUAGUGUUUUUCUAGUCCCUUCCCCCUUUACAGGCUCCGUGUGCUCAGAAGAACAAAGUGUGACUGCUGUUUAACCUUUCAUAGCCCACCAAAGAGGGCAGUGAGUGCAGUGCUGAAGAUCAGUGCACUUGCGCCGUAUCCUAUAAUAAGUGAUAUCAAAGGCUGCAGAGAGGACUCCAUCUUGAAUAUCAGCGGGUUCCAUCUUGGAUUCCAGAUAUGUGUGCCACCUAAUUAGUAUGCACUGCCAUUCUGAGAAGUACCUGUCCCUUGAAGGAAAUCCACUAAAUACUGUUGUCUCCACCGAACCCAUAUAAGCCCUAGCCUUGCUUCCCUUUUGAAGUCAGUCUUUUGGAGAGGCAUAAGCCCCCACUGUCUCCUUUUACUUGUCUCAAGUAAAACCUGUUAGAGCUGAACCCAAAAUUGUCUCCUCUGUGUAUUCUUAACAAGAGAAAGACAAGGAUCCAUUGAGUCCAGAGAGCCUCUGUUCCCUCGGCAGUAACACAAUGGAUAGGAAACAUUCUAAUGAGUUUCAGGUAUAUUUUCCUUUUGUGAAAUACAAAGGGGUAGGUGGAGUCACUGGUUCUAUUGCUAAAAAGGAAGUUUAAUCAAGAAUGGAACCUUGGAGAAAACUAUAUGCAAUAGGCAGGUAGAAGAGUUGCCAAUUAGAAGGGUCAAAAGAGGAUAAGAGCAUUUUAAGAAAUUAAGAAUGGUGAGUCGGAAUUGACUCGACGGUAAUGGGGAAACAGUAUUAAUGUUCUGAAAUAAUAACAAGUAACAUUCCCACAUGGAAAGGAAAUUACCAUACAGGUUAAACCAUCAUUGUGCAGGUAUGCUUUAUUUGUGAUUGUCUACAGAGAUAGGAAAAAGGACAAAUGGUAAGUUUACCUAUGACCAGUAAUACAGUAAAACUAGUAUCGUACUAGUCAUUGGUGAUUACUGGAAGAAUAUUUUAAUUCUUAGUACUAAUCAUGUCUUAAAAAAAAAAUACAAUAAAACUAGUAUCGUACUAGUCAUUGGUGAUUACUGGAAGAGUAUUUUAAUUCUUAGUACUAAUCAUGUCUUACUUAGCAUAUAAUAGUAGUUGAACCAGUAAAAAUUAAACCUAGUGAAGGUUAGAGUAAUUAUAAGGAAACCUAGUGGUGCAGUGUUAAGUGCUCGGCUGCUAUCCCAGACUUUGGCAAUUCAAACCCACCACUUGCUCUGUGGGAGAAAGAUGGGGCAGCCUGCUUUUGAAAAGAUUUACAGCCUUGGAAGUGCUGUGGGGUGAUUCUCUGUCCUAUAGGAUUGCUAUGAGUCAGAAUCCACGGCAACAGGUUUGUUUUGGUUUUAGAGGAAAUAUACCAGUUAGAAGUGAGCCUUUCUAAAAUCAGCAUAAAAGAAUAAAUGUACAAAAACAGCUCAAGUCAGAGGUACCCAAACCAUCAAGAUAUAUUAGGAAGCACUAAUUAAAAGUAUGAAAUACACAUUUUAGUUCUAUUUACUUUUUAGAAGAAAAUGUUUUCUAAUCUCAAAGUUGAAAAAUCUUCUUAAAAAACAAAAAUAUAAGGGAAAAGACUAAUGAAUUUGGCCAUAUCAAAAUGUAAAAUAAUCUUUAUGACCUAGUUCCAUUAAUAAUGCUAAAAGAUAACAGAUUGGAAGAAAAUAUUUGUUGCAUACAUAGUAGAUGAGGUUUAAAAUCUGUAAUAUAAAAAGAACCCCUAGGAUUUAAUUUAAAAAAAAGAAAAAUGGGUAAGAGAUAUAACAGUCAAUUCAUAGAUAAGGAAAUACAGAUGGUCAAUACACCUUUGAAAAGAUGCUCAAUCUCCCAGGUAAUCAGGGAAAUUGGUAAACAUUUCAAAGUUUUAUUAUGAAUCUUGGCCAGAGUAUGGAAAUACCAUAAAUUACUGUUUAUAAGAAGGCUUUGGUCAAUUGUUUUUUAUAAAAGGCCUGGAAACCCCACUGACAUUAUUAUGUAAGUAAUACUUUGUUCCUUUCUCAUGAGAAAGAUGGAGUUAAUAAACUGUAACACUUCAAGUUACAUCAAGAUUUGUGUGGCCUUUUCAAAAUAGAUACUCCUAUGAAAAGUCUUUUGUUCAUAAAAUAUUUUCUGCUGUUUAAGUUCUCUAUUAAAAAAGAAGAGGGAAAUACCCCUUAGUGCCUCAAAUGAAAUAAGAAAGUUAAGAUUGGAUAUCACCUAGGAUCCUCAGUUUUUGUCUUGGGGAGGAAAUAAAAGAAGCUAACCCUUUGACUUUGUUUUGAACAAGCAUCUUAGGUUUAGGUGCAGGCAGGCAAUGUUCCCAGAGAGGUCACUUAGGUUGGAUUCAUUGUUGGCCACAUCAUUCUGAAACUAUUCCACUUGUCUUUUCCUCCACCUGACUAGCCCAGGCAUAUUUUUACGAUGGUCAGAACGGUAGAGGGCAAGCUCAAUUGUGGCACAAGCAUUUUUCAAGCUUCUGCUGUCACAUUUUCUAAUACCAUAUUGGCCAAAGCAAGUCACAUGGAUGGUCCCAGAGGGAGAGUGGGAGGACCCUGCAGAGUUACAUGGCAAAAGACAUGGAUACAGGGAGAGUGAAGAACUGGGACCAUUUUUAAAAUCUGUCAUGUGUACUGACACUAUGUCCUAGCAGUAUAGAUGUCUAACCUUUUUUUCACCCUUUACUUCACAGUACACAGGAAAUUGUAAUUGUAUGACACAUUGGUGCAAAAGGAUAAGGCUGCUCGUGGCCAGAGUGACCUUGGCUGUGUUUCAAAGGCUGAAGGGCUCAAUAUCUAGGCAAUUUGUAACCUAUUUGCAACACAUGUAAAGCCUAUUUGGGUGGUUAUGCCAUCGGGAAGCAUGCGAAAGGAGAAAUGCAUAAGGAUAUAGAGGGCCAGGGAAAAAAAGGAAGACCUUCAACGAGAUGGAUUGACACAGUGGCUGUAACAAUGAGCUCAAGCAUAACAAUGAUUGUGAGGAUGACUCAGGCCCAAGCCAUGUUUCAUCCUGUAGUAUAUAGGAUCGCUGUGCAUCAGAACCAACUUGAUGGGACCUAACAACAACAAGUCCAGCAUUGUACUAGCAAGAAAUUGGAAACAACGUGAAAGUCUGUAAAAAGGUGUGUGCAUACGUUAAGAUUGUCAUCUAUAGGUAAGUGAUGCACUCAUUUUUCAAAUACUCAAAAUAAUUGAAAAAAAAUUUAGAAAAAUGUACCAUAACUACCAUUUAGAUCCAAAACCUAUAAUUAAUACAAUUUCAGGUUUGUGUAUAUAUUUGCCAUUGGAACAGAUAUUUAAAUUAAAUUUAUUGAAGUAUAAUUUGCAUAUAAUGAACUACAGCUGUUUCACAUGUACAAUUGAAUACACAUGUGCGAGUGCCUGUGAACCCACUACCACUAUCAAGACAGAAGAUUUCCAUCAUUCCCAAGGGUUUUCAUACCCCUUUGCAGUCAAUCCCUCCCUCCAUGUAUGCCAUCAGACAACCACAGUUGUGCUUUCUGUCACUACAGAUAAUGUUUAUUGAAACAAUUUUUAUAUUCUCAUAUUUAAAGGAAAUAAUGCUAUAUGAAUUGAACUUUAGUAUAAGUUGUAUGUACUAUUAAUAUAUUCACAGGGUUUGGAUACAGUCUUCUCAAGGUAAAUGUGUUACAAUCUAGAUGGAAAUUUUACCUAAAUGUAGUCUGGAUUAUCUAUGAAUACCCGUAAGAACCAAACCCAUUGCUGUCGAGUCGAUUCCAACUCAUAGAAACUCUAUAGGACAGAAUUUCCAAGGAGUGUGUUGUUGGAUUCAAACUGCCAACCUUUUGGUUAGCAGCUGUAGCUCUUAACCACUACACCACCAGGGUUUCCAUUUAUGAAUAAGGUAAGAUAAUUUAGACCUUCUUCCCCUAUUUGAUAUUCAAUCUAAGAACACCCUAGUACUGUCAUAAACCAGGAAUUCAGGGUUUUCUAAUGUUAAGGUUAUUUGCGGAUGUACUGUUUUGUAUGUUUUUGGAACAAAUAAGAAAUGUUAACUUUGGUAAGAGGAUUUCAAACUAAACCGUUUAUUCUCCGUAUUCAUUUCCAGCAGCCUAUUUUACAUAAUCACUCUUGAAGGUAAGCCGUGAUAGGAUAAAACGUAAGCUAUGAAGGCUAAAUCAACCAGUAAAAUAAAAAAGCAAAAUGUUAUAGCUAAUAAACCAACAAAAGAGAUAAAAUACAAUCACAAAAAAUAAUCUAAAAGAUGGCACCCCAAAAAAAAGGAAAACGGAAAAACAGAUUGACAAAUAGAAAACAGCAACAUAAUGGACUUAAACAAUCAUAUCAAUAAUCACAUUAAAAGGCAGAUACUGUCAUGUUGGACAAAAAAAGCAAGACCCGACUGUAUGCUGCUUAUAAGAAACACACUUUAUAAAGACAAAAAUAGGUUUAAAGUAAUGAAAAAGAAUUCAAACAAACAAACAAAAAACCUUGGGGAAAAAAGUGACUUUACAGUGGAGAUGCCUGGCAAAUGCUACCUCAGCCAGUGGUAAUCAUGCUGCUAAAACCAAAAACCAAACCCACUGCCAUCCAGCUGAUUCUGACUCAUACUGACUCUAUAGAACAGGGUAGAGCUGCUCCCUAGGGUUUCCAAGGAGCAGCUGGUAGAUUCAAACUGCCAGCCCUUUAAAUGAUACUUAGCCUCUCUGUCAUCCUCCCGAAAGUCAAUAAUGCCAUUCUAACCGGGAGAAGAUAUCACACAAAUGCAAAUUGACGUGCAUUCUACAAAAUGCCUGACUAGCACUCCUCAAAACUUUUAAGAUCAUCAAAUCCAAGGAAAAUCUGAGAAACUAUCACAGCCUUUUAGCAUGCUGACUAAAUGUAAUGUAUCCUUGACGGGAUCCUGCAAUAGGGAUGGACAUUAAAGAAAGACUAGUGAAAUCCAAAUAAAUUGGAGUUUAGAUACCAGUAUUGUACCAAUGUUGGUUUCUUAACAAUGACAAAACUACCAUAGUAAUGUAAGAUGUUAACGAUAGGUGAAACGGAUGGAGGGGUAGGUGGGAGUUCUCUGUAGUGCCUUUGCAACUUCUCUGUAAAUCAAACUGUUCUAAAAAUCUUUAUUUUUUUUAAGCAAAGAAUGGAAAAGAAUAUGUCAUGUUAGCACUAUUCAAAAUAAGGCUGGAGUGGCCAUAUUAAUAUCAUAGAGUUGAUUUCAGAGAAAAGAAUAUUACCAGGGAUAAAGAGGCCAUUUCAUAUUAACACAGGGGUCGGUUAUUCAAGAGGACACACCACUCCUAAGUGUGUCCCUAAUAACAAAGCUUUAAAAUACAUGAAGUAAAAACUGAUAGAACUGUGAUGAAAAAUAGACAAAUCAACAAUUAUAGUUGGAGGUUUUAAUACUCCUCUGUCAAUCACUGAUGGAAAAAGUAGACAAAAAGCCAGCAAGGAUAUAGAACAUUUGAAUAACACUAUCAACAAACUUGACCUAAAUGAUAUUUAUAGAACACACUACCAAACAACAGGAUGCAAAUUCUUCUUAAGUGCAAAUGUAAUAUUUACCAAGAUGGACCAUAUUCUGGGCUAUAAAACAAAAAUCAAAAAGAUGCAAAGUAUGUCCUCUGACCCAAAUGGAAUUAAAUUAGAAAUCGGUAACAGAAUGAUACCUGGAAAAUCCCCAACUAUUUGGAAGCAAAAUAACACACUUCUAAAUAAUCCAUUUGUCAAAGAAAUCAAAGAGCGUUUAGAAAUUGUUUGAACUGAAUGGAAAUGAAAACACAAUCUAUUAAAAUUUGUGGGAUUUCACUAAGGCAGUAGUAUUUAGAGGAAAAUCCAUAGCAGUAAAUAUUUACAUGAGAAAAGAACAAAUAUUCCAAAUCAAUGAUCUCAACUUCCACGUUUAAGAAACUCGAAAAAGAAGAGCAAACUCUAAGCGGCAGGAAAAAAAAAAAAAAGGAAAUAAAGACCAGAGCAGUAAUCAAUGAUCUAGAACCAGAAAACAUGAAUAACAAUGAAACUAGUUUUUUGUAAAGAUUGAUAUAAAUGAUAAACCUUUAGACAAAUUGACAGGAAAAAGAAAAAAAGAGGGAAGAUAAAAAUUGCCAACAUCAGAAAUAAGAGAGGUGCAAUCACUACAAAUUCUACAGAUAUUAAAAGAAUAAUAUGGGGAUAUUAUCAACAACUUCGAGUGCCUGGGUGGUGUAAACGGUUAACACACUCAGCUACUAACUGAAAGGUUGGUGGUUCAAAUCCACUCAGGGGUGCCUCGAAAGGAAGUCCUAGAGGUCUACUUCUGAAAAAUCAGCCACUGAAAACCCAGUGGUGCACAGAUCUACUCUGACAUACACAUGGUUGACGUGAAUCAGAAUAACUUUAUUCCAAUAAAUUGGACUACUCGAAAAAAAUGGACAUAUUCUUUGAAAGACAAACUAUCACAUUUCAUUCAAGAAGGAACGGAUCAUCUGAAUAGCUCUAUAUUUAUUACAGAAAUCGAAUUUAUAGUUUAAAAACUUUCCACCAAGAAAACUCGAGGCCCAGAUUGCGUCACAAAUGAAUACUAUCAAAUAUUCGAAAAAUAAUAUCAAUUGUACACCAACUCUUCCUGACAAUUGAAGAGUAGGGAAUAUUCCCAAUUUACUCUAUGAAGCCAGCUUUACCCAAAACCAACCAAAAACAUUACACUAAAAGACAACUACAGACCAGUAUUCCACAUAAACAUAGAUGCAACAAUUCUUAACAUAAGUAUAACAUAAAGGAUAUAAAAAUGAUAAUACAUCAUCACCAGGUGAAGGUUAUCUGAGCAGUGCAAUGUUAAUUUAACAUUUGAAAACUACAUUAACAGACUAAAAUGAAAUAUGUAUCAGUAGAUGCAGAAAAAUCAUUGAACUAAAUCCAACAUGCUGUAUUGCUAAAAACUCUCAGCAAACUAGGAAUAAAAGGAACUUUCUCAGUCUGAUAAAGGGCAUCUACAAAAACACUUCAGAUAACAUCAUACUUAAUGAAAGAGACUAAAUGCUUUCUCGCAUAAGAUCAGGAACAAGGCAAGAAUGUCUGCUCUCAAAACUUCUACUCACAUUGUGUAUGAAGUCUUAACCAGCUCAACCAGGUAAGAAAAAAAUAAAAGGCAUCUAGAUUGGCGAAGAAUAUUGAACAUCCCAUGGACUCCCUGAGGAACGAACAAGUCUAUCUUGGAAGAAGUACAGCCAGAAUGCUCCUUAGAAGCAAGGAUGGUGAGACUACGUCUCACAUACUUUGGACACAUUAUCAGGAGGGACCAGUCCCUGGAGAAGGACAUCAUGCUUAGGUAAAGGGUCAGCGAAAAAGAGGGAGACCCUCAAUGAGAUGGACUGACACAGUGGCUAUAACAAUGGGCUCAAUGCUUGGGGGGAUGGCGCAGGACUGGACAGUGUUUCUUUCUGUUGUACAUAGGGUCGCUAUGAGUUGGAAGCGCCUCAACUGCACCUAACUACAACAGAUUGAAAAAGAAGCAAACCUGUCUUUAUCUGCAGGCAACAUGAUCAUUUACAUAGAAAAUCCUUUAAAAUUUAUGGUAGUUAAGAGCAAUCGAAAUGAUAUGUAUUACAUUAUAACUGAUGUAAAAAAGCAGUGUGUUCAUGGAUUUUAAUACCAUCUCAAUCAAAA